ACGGUCCAGCCCCCCCCCUGGGCUGCAGUUCCGUGGGGGCUCCCUGGCGUCGUCAGCCCUGUGGGUGGUUCUGGUUAGCGUGGUUCUGCCGGGCGGGUCUGGCCCGGUGGUGGUGUCGGCCGGCGAGACGUGGGGGAUGGUGUCGAUCUGCCCGUUCCACUGCGUGUGCCGGAACCUCUCGGAGUCCCUGAGCACGCUGUGUGUAAACAAGGGCCUGCUGUUCGUGCCGAGCGACAUCGACCGGCGCACCGUGGAGCUGCGCCUCGCCGACAACUUCAUCCUGGAGGUGGGCGGGCCCGACUUCGAAAACAUGACGGGCCUAGUGGACCUGACGCUGUCGCGGAACACCAUCCACGCGCUCCGCCCGCUGGCCUUCGCCGACCUGGAGAGCCUGCGCUCGCUGCACCUGGACGCCAACCGCAUCACGGCGGUGGGCGGCCAGGACCUGACGGGGCUGCUCAACCUGCAGCACCUCUUCAUCAACAACAACCAGCUGACCCACGUGGCGCCCGACGCCUUCGACGACUUCCUGCCCUCGCUGGAGGACCUGGACCUGUCUUACAACAACCUGCGCCGCGUGCCCUGGGACGCCAUCCAGAGCAUGGCCAGCCUCACGUCCCUCAACCUGGACCACAACCUCAUCGACCAGAUCGCCGAGGGCUCCUUCAGCGAGCUCUACAACCUGGCGCGCCUCGACAUGACCUCCAACCGGCUCCAGACGCUGCCGCCCGACCCGCUCUUUUCCCGCUCGCAGAUCGGUGCCGUCAACCCCACGCCCUACUACCCCGUCAUCAGCCUCAACUUCGGCGGGAACCCGCUGCACUGCAACUGCGAGCUGCUGUGGCUGCGGCGGCUGGUUCGCCUGGACGACAUGGAGACGUGCGCCACGCCGCCGCACCUGGCCGGGCGGUACUUCUGGUCCAUCCCCGAGGAGGAGUUUGUGUGCGAGCCGCCGCUCAUCACGCGCAGCUCCAACCGGGUCUGGGUCCUGGAGGGCCAGCGGGCCACGCUCAAGUGCCGCGCCAUCGGUGACCCGGAGCCGCUGGUGCACUGGGUGUCGCCGGACGACCGCAUCGUGGCCAACACCAGCCGCGUGCGCUCCUACUACAACGGGACGCUGGACGUGCUGGUGACGCGCGCGCGAGACGACGGCAGCUACACCUGCAUCGCCAUCAACGCCGCCGGGGAGGCCACCGCGCUCGUGGACCUCAAGAUCAUCCCGCUGCCUCACCGCGGCAACGGCACCGUGCCCCUGGUCAACUCCCGCGAACCCGGCCCCUCCGACAUCAGCGCCGGGAGGGGUGGAGGAGGAGGCGUGGGGGUGGAGGUGGGAGUGGUGGUGGUGCAGAACUCCAGCGUGGAGGACGGAGGCGCGACCAGGGACGGAGGAGGAGGAGGCGCUCCAGGCGGCCGAACCGGUACCGGCAGCGAUGCCGGCAGGAGCCAGGGAGGGGGCGGGUCCGAGCGACUGGUGCGGGUUCAGGGGGUGACCUCGAACUCAGCUCAGGUGCGCUGGGUGAUGGGGCGGUCCGCGGCACCUUACAUGGUGUGGAUGUACCAGAUCCAGUACAACAGCACUGCAGACGACGCACUCGUCUACAGGAUUCUACCACCCAACAGUCAGAGCUUUGUGCUGAAGAACCUGGUCCCCGGAGCUGACUACAGCCUGUGUGUGUUGGCCAUCUUUGACGACGGCGUCUCCUCGCUGGCCACCACCAAGGUCGUGGGCUGCACACAGUUCAGCACCAGGGAGGACUUCCCAGAAUGCCGUUCUCUCCAGGCGCACUUCCUGGGCGGCACCCUGACGGUGCUUGUGGGCGGGGUCAUCGUCGUGACACUGCUGGUGUUCACCGUCGCCAUGAUGGUGCGCCACCGCGUCUGUGGAGAUUGCCGCGACGACCGCGUGCAUGGCAACGAGUUCCUGUCGGGCAAGGGCGUGGACGUGUUUGCGCAGACCAAUGGCAGCGGAGGGGCGGUGAUGAUGGUGGCGCUGCCCAAUGGGGUGUUAGCACAGCAGCCCAAGGCCCGAGUCAAACUCAACCCCCCCAGGACGCUUCCUCGGGCCAAACGCAGCAUCGAGGACAGGGGGGAGGGCAAGAAGGAGGGGUACGAGGCGCCGGCGAAGGAGAAACGUCACCCUCCAUUCACCCCGGAGAACGAGAGAGUGCCUCUUUACUACUCUCCUGCUAGGCACGGACACGAGCAGCAGCACAAGGCCGUCAAACGGCCUGGAAAGCUCAAGCUGCAGGGGGGGGGCGAGCGGAGAAGGGGGGAGGAUCAGGAGCCAGAGCGAGACCGGGAGCGAGAUGUGGAGCGAGACCGGGAGCGAGAUGUGGAGCGAGAUCGGAAGCGAGAUGUGGAGCGAGACCGUGAGCGAGAUGUGGAGCGAGACCGGGAGCGAGACGUGGAGCGAGACCGGGAGCGGGAGCGAGAUGUGGACAGAGAGCGAGACCGGGAGCAAGAUGUGGACAGGGAGCGAGACGUGGAGCGAGAUGUGGACAGAGAGCGCGAACGAACCGUGAGCUCCAAACAGGCUCUGGUGUGCAGCACCACCGGGCCGAGGGACGGCGCGGCGGACUGGCGCUCGCUGGCGGACCAGCAGCAGAUUGUCCCCGCCAAGCGUAGCUGCUCCUUCGACGUCGGCGAGAUCACCACCACGACGACCUGCUACAGCUAUGCCAAGCGGCUGGGCGUGAUCUGGACGCGCCGGUCGCAGUCGCUGCACGGCAUGCUGGUCCACUGCGCGUCCUCGGCCAGCAGCACGUCCAGCACGGCCAGCGAGCACUACGGCCGCGCCCUCACGCACGGCUUCAUCCGCGCCUACGGCUCCAACAACUCCAACUCCUCCAACUCCAACUGCAGCGUGGCCGCUGCCGCUGGAGACCUGGAGGAGAGCAGGCUGUAG